AUGGCGCCUUCUCGAUUUGCUCCUACACGCGUCUACCGAUGUAAUUCUUCCCUGAAAGUGUUCAACCAUUGCCAUGUAUCGUUCCUUAUCCCCUGGUUCUUCUCCUAUUUCUCCAAACCACCUAUCCAUGAAUAUGAAUUGUUCACAUCGGGCAAGUUAGUGAAGUUGUUCAGCCUACAACUGGUAACAAAGCGGCACUUACCCUCGGGUGUGCCCUUACCUCGUGAGCUGCAGCUUUACCCCUCCCUCAAGCAAUGGCUGCAAGUGGUUGGACUCUGCAAAGAUUCUGUUAUUGGUAUGUGCCAGAGAGUCUCUACACUAGAAGGAUUACUUGAAAAAAGAGAAAAUGAAUUACGCAACAUCCUCAAUGAUUAUGGAGCCGACAAAAGUGAAGCCCAUAAGCUGGCAAGGGCCAUGCACAAUCUCAAACGAUACACAGAGAUACAAAUGCAAGGUCAGGCUGGAGACCCAAACAACUCAGACCUGCCUCUGUACUGGGACUCAUGGGAGAACUGCCCUCCUUCUCCUCGAGCCUCUACCCGAGCACAGAGAGAAUGUCGCUCGUCUGUGUCCUCGUCUGAUGGAGAUGGCGGGAGUGUCACCAGUGGCAGUACUAGUGGAGGUGCGUGGAGUGGAGAUGGGAGUCGAGCCAGCAACAAAGGGGGCACCAGUCAGUCAACGUAGUAGUGAUGACUCUUCCACUCCUUCCUCACCCCCUCCUCCUUUGUCCCUGGUUCCUCCACUAAGUCCUGGUGGUCCACUCCACACUUCCUCCACUCUUAAUCUCCCUGGGAGUAUCACUGUCUUCUCUGAGAAGCGAUAUAC